GCGGCGGCGGCGGCUCCAAGAUGGCGCAGGCGAUCUUCGAGGCCCUGGAGGGAAUGGACAAUCAGACCGUUCUGGCCGUCCAGUCAUUGUUGGAUGGCCAAGGAGCAGUCCCUGAUCCAACCGGACAGAGUGUCAAUGCACCCACUGCUAUCCAGACACUGGAUGAUGAGGAUGUCUUUCUGUGCGGGAAGUGUAAGAAGCAGUUCAACUCCCUGCCAGCCUUCAUGACCCACAAGCGAGAGCAGUGUCAGGGGUCCGCUCCCGCUCUGGCCACAGUCUCGCUGGCUACCAACAGCAUCUACACGCCCUCAGCUGCACCUGCUGCAGUCCAGCAGGCCCCGCCUCCCGCCAAUCGCCAGAUCUCCACGUACAUCACGGUGCCCCCGUCCCCACUGAUCCAGACCCUGGUGCAGGGGAACAUCUUGGUGAGUGAUGACGUGCUCAUGUCUGCCAUGUCAGCCUUCACAUCGCUGGACCAGCCCAUGCCCCAAGGGCCCCCGCCUGUGCAGAGCAACCUGAACAUGCAUUCAGUGCCCAGUUACCUCACCCAGCCUCCGCCGCCACCUCCCCCUCCACCUCUGCCGCCACCCCCGCCCCCUCAGCCCCCGCCUCCCCCACCCCAGACCCUCGGCCCUCCUGGGCGCCCCAACCCCGGCGGGAAUGGCGUGGUGGAGGUAUAUAAUGCGGGUGCGCCCCUGGCUGGGAGUGGAACGGUGGAGAUCCAGGCCCUGGGGAUGCAGCCCUACCCACCUCUGGAGGUGCCAAGCCAGUGUGUGGAGGCCCCAGUGUACCCUACGCCCCCAGUGUACAGCCCUGGCAAGCAGGGCUUCAAACCCAAAGGACCCAGCCCCACGGCCCCCAUGACGAAUGUCACUGCAGGGCCUGUGGCCACCUUUCACUCCCCACCGACGCUGAAGACUCGACGGGCUAAAGGAGCGGGCGGGCUCCCAGAAGCUUCCGGGAAGCCCAAGGCUCAGAAACUCAAGUGCUCCUACUGUGACAAGUCGUUCACCAAAAACUUUGACCUGCAGCAGCACGUCCGAAGCCACACUGGGGAGAAGCCCUUCCAGUGCAUUGCGUGUGGGCGGGCUUUUGCCCAGAAGUCUAAUGUCAAGAAGCACAUGCAGACCCACAAGGUGUGGCCUCCAGGACGCAGUGGUGGCACUGUUUCUCGCAACUCUGUGACAGUACAGGUCAUGGCUUUGAACCCAAGCAGACAAGAGGAUGAGGAAGACACAGGGUUGGGCCAGACCCUGUCCAGUGUACCCCAGCCCCAAGCCUUGCCCACAGCAAGUGAAGACGAAGGUGACAAGCUGGAGCCCAAGCAGGUGGUCCUCAUUGAUAGCUCCUAUCUGUGCCAGUUCUGCCCCAGCAAGUUCAGUACCUACUUCCAGCUCAAGUCCCACAUGACCCAGCACAAGAAUGAGCAGGUGUACAAGUGCGUGGUCAAAAGCUGUGCCCAGAUGUUCCCCAAGCUGGACACAUUUCUGGAGCACAUCAAAAGCCACCAGGAGGAGCUGAGCUACCGCUGCCACCUCUGUGGCAAGGACUUCCCCUCACUGUACGACCUGGGCGUGCACCAGUACUCCCACAGCCUCCUGCCGCAGCACAGCCCCAAGAAGGACAACACUGUCUACAAGUGUGUCAAGUGUGUCAACAAAUACUCCACCCCCGAGGCCUUGGAGCACCAUGUACAGACUGCCACGCACAGCUUCCCUUGCCCGCACUGCCAGAAGGUGUUUCCUUGUGACCGCUACCUACGGCGCCACUUGCCAACCCAUGGAAGUGGGGGCCGGUUCAAGUGCCAGGUCUGCAAGAAAUUCUUUCGGAGGGAGCACUACCUGAAGCUGCACGCCCACAUCCACUCAGGUGAGAAGCCCUACAAAUGCUCAGUGUGUGAGUCAGCGUUCAACCGCAAGGACAAGCUGAAGAGACACAUGCUGAUCCACCAGCCUUUCAAGAAGUACAAAUGCCCCUUCUCGACGCACACAGGCUGCAGUAAGGAGUUCAACCGACCAGACAAGCUGAAAGCCCACAUCCUCUCCCACUCCGGCAUGAAGCUCCACAAGUGCGCGCUGUGCAGCAAGUCCUUCAGCCGCCGCGCCCACCUCGCCGAGCACCAGCGCGCGCACACGGGCAACUACAAGUUCCGCUGCGCGGGCUGCGCCAAGGGCUUCUCCCGCCACAAAUACCUCAAGGAUCACCGCUGCCGCCUCGGCCCCUCCAAGGACAAGGAUCUGCAAGCCCUGCGGCCCCCGCGGAGGAGGGCGGCCCCGCGCGGCGGCGGCGGGCACAAAGCGCUGACCCCCUUGCCCGACCCGCUGGGCCUGGAGGACCUGAAGGCUGCUGGGGCCGAGCCCGCUCCCGAGGCCGCCCCGGGCAAGCCGCCCUUCGCCGAGCAGGACGCCGUGCUGUCCAUCGUGGUGGGCGGUGCCGUGGGCGGCGGGGACUCGGAGCUCGUGGUGCCCGGGCACGCCGAGGGGCUCGGCUCCAACCUGGCACUGGCCGAAUUGCAGGCGGGGGCCGAGGGCGCAUGCGCCAUGCUCGCCGUGCCCGUGUACAUCCAGGCGUCCGAGUGACCCACGAGCACCUCGAAGGGCGGGGCGGGGCGCAGGCCAUUGGCCCGGGUCCUCCCGGAGUGGUACGUGUCAGUCCAGUCCAGUGACUGACCUCACGCGCCCUGCAUCCUGCUGGGAAAGCCUGCACCGUCCUGCGAUGGGAUUUGCAUCCCCGGAGCUGACCAAGGACCACCAGGGGUGGCCGGAGCACGAACCGUCCCGGGACUGGCUGGUGAGGCCGGGACUCGAACUUCCUCCAAGGAAGACAAGGGUGGUCCCGCCCACUCGCACAGGCCACCCGGCGUGGCCUCAAAUCAAGCUGCUCUUCAAAAGGCUGGAUAUAGCCGGAGCCUUUGUCUGGUGGACCUUUUCCCCCCGAAUGGUUUCCUGCCGGUGUCCCCAGACAGCUGUGUGAGGUGGGCAUGUUGGAGGCAUUCAGCAUCCGGAUUCUAGAGAAGCCACCAGCCACACCUGGCUUCAAAUCCGAGUUGCCACGCCCUUGUAUGUGGUCUCUGCAAGUGGGGAGUAUGAUAAACACUACCUCCUUAGUGUCCUGGGGAGCCGGAAUGUUGAAAUGUGCAAAGGGCUGGGCACAAUGUCCAUGGCUUCCGAAGUGUUUAAUAAAUGUGUUUAACAUGC